AUGUCAAAUUUGUAAUUAUAAACUGAAGAAAAUUGUGAUAUAAGUUUAUCAUAAAUUGAAAAUAUGUUGGACUAAAGUGAAAUCGAGCCUUAGACUAAAUGUAAGAAUAUUGAAACUAAAUAUUGCAUCAAUAGUACUGUGAUAAGCAUAAGCAAUUAAAUUAAAUUAUUAGGUGAUGAUUUUAGUGAAUUCAAUGUACCAAGUCAUUAUCUACCUCCAAAUAUCCAAGUAGGAAAUGUCUUUUAAAUAACCUUCCAAAGAAAUAGAGCAGAAGAAAACAAAUUAAAACAUUAGAUCGAAUAGAUCUAAAAGAGUGCUCUGAAUGAUUAAUGA